AUGGUCUGCACCGGCGCCCACGCCGCUCUUCUCUUCGCCGUGGCGUACCACCCACGCCUCAGCCACCCUGGCGGCAUGCUGCGAGCGAGAGCGCCUGCUGUGUCACUGACGGCCGAACAGGAGGAGCAGCAGCGGUCUUGGCAGAGGGUUCAGAGGUCUGCUUCGGAGCGGUUUCUGCCGCGGCUGGACGUGCUCCGCUCCGGCGAGGCACCGGCACCGUGGCGGCUGCCUCCGGCGUACCGCGCGAUGCUCGCGCAGCUGCUCGUCAACGCGGCGACGGGGGAUGAGGGAGCCUUGGCGGCGCGGCGUGCGUGGGAUGCGUUCGUCUUUGCUCUCCGGUACCACCGCCGCCAGUACCGCGCCUCGGGCGAGCCGUACGUCGCCUCGAUGCUCGCCAAGGCGGAGGCGGACCUCCCCUCCAUCAUGACGGGACUUCUGCACGACACCGUCGAAGACACCGGCGCGACACUCGAGCUCGUCACCGAGCGAUUCGGCCCCGAGGCGGAGGAGACGAUGGGCAUCUUCGCGCCGCUCGCGCUCCGCAUCGGCAUGUACACCGUCGCUGCCGAGCUCGAGACGCUCGCCCUCGCGGAGCUGCACCCGGAGGCGGCGGAGAGAGUGGCGGCGCAGCAGCGCGCGCACAUCGCCUCGCCCGAGCUGGCGCAGGUGCUACGCGAGCUUCGCGCCGCCCUCGCGCAGAACGAGGGCAGCGGCGGGGGCUCGGCGGGCGGCGGCGGGGCGGCGGGCGAGGGCGGGGCGGCGGGCGGCGGCGGGGCGGCGGGCGAGGGCGGGGCGCUGCUGCGAGCGAUCCACGUGCGGCGCGCCUCUGCGUACCGCGUGUGGCGGCGGCAGCAGGCGCAGCUCCGGGAGCGGGAGGGGGAGGGCGGCGGGGCCGCGCAGCGGGAGGCGCACGACGAGGAGGAGGAGGACGCGCCGGCGGGCGUGGCGGAGACGGCGCGCGUGGUUGCGGCAGGCAGGAGGGGCGAGGGGCGGGGCGCGCUUGCUCUCGACCUGCUUUCUCUCGGCGACUGGCUGCAGCGUGCUCGCCUGCUUCGAAGCUUCGCUGGACCUUCCUGGAACCGUCCGGUAGGCGAUUGCUUGCGGCUCGUGCUCGUCUGCGCGACGCCGCUCGGGUGCUACGAGGCGCUCGGCCUCGUGCACCAGCGGUGGCGCUCGCUCGGCGGCUUCAAAGACUACAUCUCGACGCCAAAGCCAAACCACUACCAGUCCCUCCACACCACCGUCCUUGGCGCGCUCUCGUCCCCCCCCCCCCCCAACCCCGCCACCCGAGCCCCCGCGCCCCUACCCCCCUCGCUACCCCCACCCCCUCCACUGCCCCACCCCCCUCUGCCCCCGCGCACAGGCCCUGGCGGAGUCCUCCUCCACCUCCUCUUCCGCACGCCAGAGAUGCACCAGGUCGCCGAGCAGGGCAUCGUCGCUCACUGGCGGCAGCAGGCGCGCGGGCCGGCGCCGACGCUGCCGCGCUGCGGCAACCGCUACGGCUGGCUCCGCUCGCUGCAAGACAUCUCUGACGCGUCGGAGGCAGCUGACGAUUCGAUCGAGGCGGCUCCCGGGACACGUCCCCGACGCGCUGCGCAGAUGGAGCUGCUCGCCGACCAGAUCUUUUGCUUCACGCCAAAGGGAGACAUCGUGCCCUUGCCGCGCGGCUCCUCCCCGCUCGACCUCGCCUACGCCGUCCACUCGUCGAUCGGCAACCGCUGCGCCGGCGCGCGCGUCAACGGGCGGCUGCAGAGCAUCCACGCCGUGCUUCGCAACGGAGACCGCGUCGAGGUCCUCGUCUCGAGCCAGGUGGAGCCGCAGCAGUCCUGGCUCGCGCUCGUCGCCUCCGGCCGCGCGCGCGCCGAGCUGCGCCGAUUCUUCAACGCUAAGCGCCGCGCCGUCAGAGCCGGGGGAGGGGAUAUCCGCCUCCCUGCCCUCGCUGCCUUGCCGCCGCCGCCGCCGCCGCCCUCCACGGUCCGUGCGACCGCGCCCGCCCCGCCGGCCGCCCCGCCGUUGCCCCGCCCGAAGCGGCGUCGCCGCGUCGUCUCAGCGGGCGGCAUGGCGGCGAACGGCUCGGUUGCGUCUGUGCAGAGCAGCAGAACGGCCGCAGCGGCGGCGGCGGGGAAGGAUGGGAGGGCUGCUGGCGACGCGGCGGGCGGUCCGCGGCUGCAGCUGGCGAAGUGCUGCCGGCCAGUGCCGGGCGACCCGAUCGCGGGCGUGUUGCGAGGCGGCGGCCCACGCCCGACGCUCUGCGUGCACCGCGAGGGCUGCCGCGCGCUGCAGCCGCCGCCUCGCGAGGGCUCGCAGGCGGGGCCGCAGGCGGGGCUGCAGGCGGGGCUGCAGGCGGGCGGCGAGGAGGACGAGCGGCGCGUGGCGGUCCGCUGGGGGGGGCAGUGGGCCAAGCUGUUUGGCUCGCGGUACGAGGCGCGGCUCAAGCUGCGUGUCGACGACGCGCCAGACACACUCGCCGCCAUCGCCGCGGAGGCAGCGCGCACCGGCGCCACGCUCUCGUCCUUCCGCGUGCUGAGCAGAGGGCGCAAGGCGGGGAUGGCGCGCGCAACCGCGCACGUCGAGGUGACGGACCUCGCGCAGCUCCUUGAGCUCAUGCGCGCGCUGCGCACGUUGUCGGCGGUGCGUUCUGUCGAACGUGGCUGA